ACACUGCCUCCGCCCAUACUCGGUGUGUAGACGAAGUGUACACAGUGUGACAGUGGCAUGGGUGAAGAAACGAAGAAACACAAAGGACAACCACAACGUGUUGCAUCGUGACAAUGUCCUCAUUACCGCGUGUGGACCGUAAAACGCCGUGAAGGCGGAUCUUCCUGAAGGUAGAUGUGAACCGGGAGGUUUGCCUUUAAAUCCAGCGCGAUAGUGUCGGCAUUACAGGAAGUGCAACUAGGGGGGGGGGGGGUCCUAUAUUCCAGCUGAUCUCUUAUGAUCUCCUGUCCAGACGCGGACAGACGGAAGUGAUAUCUGCUGUGCAGCUUCCCGGCUCUGUGCAGAUCUCGGGUGUGAAGGGGACCACCUCCCAUCAGGGACACAUGCAUCAGGAAUACGUUGGAAGAAGUCAGUACGGGGACCGCAUCGGUACCCCCCCCUCCCUCAUCCAUCCCCUCGUCGACCUGUAAACCCCGUCCGGGUACGAUCGGCUUCGUGGGAACUGUCAUGAUCCCAGUUUCGGGAUGGCAUCCUUUCCGAGUUUGUCUAGCCAGGUCGUCAGGGCAACAACGGAGGAGGAGAACGGAGAGCUGGACCAGUCGCUCCAGCAGAUGCUGAAGGCGAUCGCCGACGAGCGCAACCGCCUCAACAUCAGACAAGAGAUAAGCGGACUCGGCUGCUUCAAGGACGACCGCAUCGUGUUCUGGACGUGGAUGUUCUCCACGUACUUCAUGGAGAACCGUGCGCCCCGGCAGGACGACAUGCUGUUCUACGUGCGGCGGAAGCUCUCCUACGUCGGCGCGGACAACACCGAGGGCAAGAAGGUGGAGGUGGAGGUUUACAGGCGCGACUCCAAGAAGCUGCCGGGCCUCGGCGACCCCGACAUCGACUGGGAGGAGAGCGUGUACCUCAACCUGAUCCUGCAGAAGCUGGACUAUGUGGUGACCUGCGCUGUGUGCACGCGCUCCGACGCAGGGGACAUACACAUCCACAAGAAGAAAUGUCAGGAAGUGUUCGCCUCCCCCAGCAAGCACGCCAUGGACAGCAAAGGGGAGGAGUCAAAGAUGAGCUACCCCAACAUCUUCUUCAUGAUUGACAACUUUGACGAGGUGUUCAGCGACAUGACGGUGGGCGAGGGGGAGAUGGUGUGUGUGGAGCUGGUGGCCAGCGACAAGAACAACACCUUCCAGGGAGUCAUCUUCCAGGGCUCCAUCCGCUACGAGGCCCUGAAGAAGGUCUACGACAACAGGGUCAGCGUGGCGGCCAAGAUGGCACAGCGCAUGUCGUUCGGCUUCUACAAGUACAACAACAUGGAGUUUGUCCGCAUGAAGGGGCCGCAGGGCAAAGGUCACGCCGAGAUGGCGGUCAGCCGGGUGCCCACGGGGGACACCUCGCCCUGCGGCACCGAGGAGGACCCCGACUCGCCCGUCCACGAGAGGGUGACGUCGUUCAGCACGCCGCCCACCCCGGAGCGCAGCCGGCCGUCCUUCUUCUCGCCGUCGCUGCGACGCAAGGCGCCCCGCAACCGCAUCGCCGAGAUGAAGAAGUCCCACUCGGCCAAUGACAGCGAGGAGUUCUUCAGGGAGGACGACGACGAAGACGACCUCCACAACGCAACCAACCUGCGGUCGCGCUCGCUGUCGGGGACGGGUCGCUCACUGGUGGGUUCCUGGCUGAAGCUGAACCGCUCCGAGGACUACUUCCUGCUGUACUCCCACCUGACCUACGUCACCCUGCCCAUCCACCGCAUCACCACAGACAUCUUGGAGGUGAGACAGAAGCCCAUCCUGAUGACAUAGCAGAGCCCCGCCCCGGGCCUGGCUACCAAGUGCCUACCUGCAUCAGGGCCGCCUCCUCCUCUCCAACAGCACCACCUAGUGGCACAGCACAGAGGACCCCCGACCACCCCGCUUCAACCGACUCAAACACUAACUAAAAACAGGAGAGGACUCGUUCAGAACCCCGAUAACACAAAACCAGCCUCCCAUGAAGUGCCUCUUCCUUCAAAACAGUCCAGCGUGGUCGAGGAACAACGGGGAGUUCGGCUUUUUAUUUCCGAUGCGGACGCGUCGGUUGGUCCUCAGUGCGUCGGAUCACUGCCGCAGCGAAAAGAGACACCGGGAACGGGAUCUGACCAGGAAGGAAUCGUUACAACUUUAAUGAAUGUCUCGUCUACUUUGUAAAUAUACAUCGCUGCUUAUUGAUUUAUCACCGAGCCUUUUUUUAAGAAAAGGUUCCCCUGCUUUUCGGAUACUUUCCGCUCUUUUUCUUAAGGUUUGUUUCGUAUGUUGGUUUUGUAUUUGUCGUCGACCGCUUCGCCGUGUGAUAAAAAGGGAUUUUGUGUUUUUAAGGACUUUGUCUGUUUCUUCCAGAGCACUCCGUUUGUGUGUUAAAGGUAGGGUUAUGGUUCUUCGUCGACGCAACGCAAGGGGGUUUACGGACCUUGCGGACCUACCUUACGCCCAAAGGCCCUGACGUGCGCCUCCCAAAAAUUGUAACCUUGCGUCGAGCCGACGCAGCAGCAAGGGCAGUGAUUGGUCCGCUAACAUACACCCGACGCAGAACCAAAACAGCGUGGUCAUUGCGUUGUGUCAACGUCCAACCAUAACUCUACCUUGCAGUUCUAGCUCCGUUCACCACCAUAGCUCACUUUAGUAUUCCACAGGUGUUAUAAAUAUAUAUAUAUAUAUAUAUAUAUAUAUAUAACACAUAUGUGUUCUUUGGGUAUUGUUGAAAAUGACUCAGAAAUUAGGUGCAGUUCAUGUCAAUAUUCCGUAUUUAUUUCCGUCAUGGUGAAAUAUGACGACCUUUCCUACCCAGCUUUGUAUUAUUUUUCAACUAAGCUUAAAAUGUUGUGAUAAAUAUUGUCCUCACAUUGCUUAGCUUCACUUAGCCAAACAGGUAGAGCAGAGCGUUUUUUGGAACGAUUGCAAUUUUUCUUUCAGUUAGACGACAAAUUAACCCAGUCACCAAACAUCCACAAACCUGGUAACCAUUUAACAUGGGGUAGGCCUACGUAUGCCAUUAAAGUUCCUCAUUGUCUGAAAUGCGGCUUCCAGGUGAAUUUCAGCCAAUCAGAUAUCUCCCAUUCUGUGAUUAUUCAUGAUAAUAAGAAUUACGACCUCAAGAUGGAUGUAGCAUGGCCAGAUGAUGGGUUCUGGAAGAGUUCCAGGUGUCGUUCUGUUUUAUACCACAGCUAAGUGCGUCCUGCUCGUAGCCGAGGUCAUUGUGUUCAGGGCAGGACUUGAAGGGAAUCCAACACACUUAGGUCCCUAAAGCCUUAAAAAUCUGACUACUGUAUGUAAAAUGUAUUUUCUCUUUACCCUGAUCUAUAAAAAUGCUUCAUCGUAUAAUUUGCUGGUCUGUAACUUCUCCUGCUCCUCCUUCUAAAUGAAAAUGAAACACUUUCAGCGGCCAUUGCUGAAGAAAGUCCAGUCACUACUCGUGCUAUUAAAUGAGACAUAUUAUACCAACAGGUGUGGGUGAUUAGCGUUACAAGCGUUUCGAAAAUCUGCCUCUUCUGACAUCACAAGUGGGUUGGUCCACCUAGAUGCAUGACGGAUAGAUAAUCACACUCACACCUGGUGGUGUAAUAUGUCACCUUUUAAUUAUUAAUAGUCAAACAAACGUCUCACCACAGUGAAGGCUUUCAAACGGAGGGCGUGGGACCAGGUGUAAUACCCAAAGUUCAUCAAUUCGAUUUUCACGGUGCUGAUGUUCAAACAGUGGGAGUAGACCUCGACCAAUAUACUUUUCCGAGACAAGUCCCAAAGCAGUGUUCAGUGUCUCCAUUGUUUUCACUCACACAGUAUAAGUGUACACAGGGGGUACCUUUCCCAUGUUACGGUAGAGUUGGUCGGACCUUGACGCAACGCAGGGGGGCUUACGGACCCCUUACCUCAUUGCGGACCCUCCUUGCGUUCACCGCGGGUUGGUCCGCUAACGUUAACCCGACGCAGAACCAAAACAGGUUCACGACAGCGUCGGAACGAAUGCGUAGUCAUUGCUUUGCGUCAACGAGCAACCACACAACCCUACCUUUAGCAGCAGUUUGUUGGGAAGUGGAGGGAUUUUUGUUUUUUAUUCCUUCAGUGUUAUACGAUUGUGUAUCGUUUGUUACAAAAAGGAUGAAUGUACUCACUUUGGUUGUGUAUCAAAGACUGCGUUAACGGCCACUUGACGUGUAUAGAAGCAAGUUUAGUUUUGCACUGUAGAAAAAUAAAAUGCUUUUAGAAAAUCA